UUGAUAGAGAAGCGCAGCGCGAUCUGCGCAUUUCAUCGCAUACUUCGUCAGACGCUGGUUGAGCUCCGUUAAAUUAAAGCCUUUAAUAAUCUGUUUUGCGAGUUGUUCUACGUUGAAUAAAAAAAAAAAGUCAUUCGGUGCGAUUGUUCGAAGAAAGAACGAUAUAAAACGAUAUCUCUUUGUUCAAUUGGCAACCCAUCGAAAAUCGAAUACAUCAAUAAUAUAACAAAAUGACUCAAAAUUGGGACAAUGAAAAUGAUUACCCUGAACCUGUAGAUGUAUCUUCUUUUGAAGACGAUGGUGGUCGAGGUUAUGGAAGAGGGCGUGGUUUCAUACUACAAAAUAAUAAUAAUAAAUAUAAUGAUAAUUUUGGAUACAAUGAUAACAAACUUGCAGAUUCAGACAACAUAAGAAAUGUCAGAGGUGGUGGUGUUGGUAUUAGUGGUGGUGGCAGAGGUCGUAAUGGUAGAGGUGGUGGUGGUGGUGGUGGUGGUGGAUAUGGAAAAGGAAUUAGAGGAGGAUAUAGAAAUGAAAAUCAUGGUGGAGGAGAUAACAGUUAUGGAUAUGAUGAUGAGAAUGAUUUUAAUAGAUCAACAAAAGAUGAUAAUUGUUAUGAAAAUGAUAAUAAAGAUGAAGGUUGGCAUGAAGAUGACGAUGAAAAAAAAGAAAGAGAUUUUAAAGAUGGAAAAGGUAGAAAAGAAAGUAGAGGAGGUGGUAAAAAUCAUAAAAAUGUAAACAAUGACGGUGGAGAUAAUGAAUUUGAUUUUAAUAAAGAUCAUGGAAAAGAUAGAGGUGGACGAAGUAAUAGAGGAAAUAGAGGUAGUCGUGGCAGAGGACGUGGUGGUAGUGGUGGUGGUAGCAGAGGUGGCAAUAAAGAAGGAGAUGAAGAUAGUAAAGAAAAGACAAAAACAGAAGUCUAUAUACCACCUGAUGUAUCUACCGAUGAAAAGUCUUUAUUUGAAAAUGGCGUUCAACAAGGCAUUAAUUUCAAAAAAUAUGAUCAAAUUGAGGUUUGUGUAAGUGGAGAUAAUGUACCACAAUGGAUAGAAUCUUUUGAGGAUGCUGGUCUAAGAAAAUAUAUUUUAAGUAAUAUUCAAAAAUCUAAAUAUACUAAACCAACGCCUGUGCAGAAAUAUGCAUUACCUAUUAUAAUGAGCGGUCGAGAUAUGAUGGCCUGCGCGCAAACUGGUUCUGGAAAAACUGCAGCCUUUGUUGUACCAAUCGUAAAUACUCUAUUAGAAUCACCCAGAGAACAUUUUUCGAAUUCUACUUGCUCACCACAAGUCAUUAUAAUUUCACCGACCCGAGAAUUAACAAUACAAAUAUACGAACAAGUUCUAAAAUUUUCAGCUGGCACAAUUUUGAAAGCUGUAGUUGCAUACGGUGGAACUUCUGUCUCGCAUCAAGGAAGCAGAGUUUCUGCUGGCUGUGAUAUAAUCGUAGCCACACCAGGAAGACUAUUAGAUUUUCUUCAAAGAGGACGCAUUACCCUAACAUCUAUACGGUUUCUUGUUUUGGACGAAGCUGAUCGUAUGUUGGACAUGGGAUUUUUGCCUGACGUUGAAAAAAUUGUCGAUCACGAAACGAUGGUUCCUACGGGAGAAAGGCAAACCCUUAUGUUUUCGGCCACAUUUCCAGACGAGAUACAACGACUGGCAUCACGAUUUUUAAAAGAUUAUCUAUUCGUAGCAGUAGGCAUAGUGGGCGGUGCAUGUUCGGACGUGGAACAAAAAUUUUAUGAAGUUACAAAAUAUAAAAAGCGAGAAAUGUUGAAAGAACUUAUGGAGAAAGAAACUGUGAGUAGUACACAACAGGGUACUUUGGUUUUCGUAGAAAUGAAAAGAACAGCCGACUUUAUCGCAGCCUUCCUUUCGGAAAACAAUUAUCCAACAACGAGUAUUCAUGGCGAUAGAUUACAAAGAGAAAGAGAAGAGGCUUUAAAAGAUUUUCGAAGUGGUAGAAUGUCUGUAUUGGUUGCAACGGCAGUUGCGGCACGUGGUUUAGACAUACGUAAUGUCGCUCACGUUAUAAAUUAUGAUUUGCCAAAAGGAAUUGACGAAUACGUUCAUAGAAUUGGUCGUACUGGUCGUGUUGGUAAUCGUGGAAGAGCUACGUCUUUCUUUGAUCCGGACAUUGACACACCGUUGCUUCCUGAUCUGGUAAAAAUUUUGAAACAAGCGGAUCAACCGAUACCAGAUUGGUUGUUAAACGGAGGGGACAACAAAUCUUUAGCACCUGGAAAAUCAAAACAAUUUGGCGGAGAAGAUAUUCGUAACUUCGAGGACGAGAGUAGUGGAGUGCCUUACGGUGAAGAAGCAUACAAUCCUGUAUUGGAACCAGAAGAAGAAUGGUAAAAGAGAACAUUACUAUAUACUUUCAAGGGAAGACCUGACCAAAAAAGGCGUUUUGUGUAAAGUAGAUAUCUCUAAAUCUCUUAGUGUUACAAAAGCGCGCAAAUCCCUUCCCAUACUGACCCUAUUAUUUAAGAGAGCUUUACAAGAUUGUGACUUUUAUUUUCAAAUAAUCGUACGAUUAUUUUUGUCUUAUUUUUAUAUAUAUAUAUAUAUAUAUAUAUAUAUAUAUAUAUAUAUAUGUAUGUAUGUAUAUGUAUAUGAUAUGUACAUAUAUAUAUAUAUAUAUAUAUAUAUAUAUAUAUAUAUAUAUGUGUGUAUAUAUGUAUUAGAAAACAUUAUUUUUUCACGGUGAUCUAUUGACUGUCUCUUAAGUUCCUUUAACUAUAGACUUAUAAUUAUAUUCUUCAAUAAUGAAGAGAUUUAAAAAAAUAAGUAAACUGCAUCGUGAUAAUUUUGUUUUCCUACUUUCUUACUUAUGAAAUAAUAAUCGAAAAUAUGCGAGAGAUGCAUUCCAAAAAUAUCUCGCAACGGGUAUUAUUAUUACCAUUGACCGUACAAACGUUAGACUUAAGAAUCAAUUGUUACGUAGAAAAGAAAUUUAAUAUAAGAAAGAUAAGUGGUAUUACGUUGUCUUAUAAGGUUUUUAUACAUUUUUUUUUGUUUUAUAAUAAAAUUAAAAAAAAAAAAAAGAGAGAGAAAAGAAGAAGAAUAUAUCGUU